CUGAUUCAUUUCUUCUUUAAUCAUUAUUGUUGUUAUUUUAUUAUGUUAUUGGCUAUAAUUAUAUAUAAAGUUUAAAAUCUAGUAGAGAUAGUUUUGCAAUGACAAGAAUAUCUGCAGCUGCAGUUUCACAGACGGGUUUUUAAAGUCGUGUAACUGAAAAAUUUAACAAGAUUGUAGUGUAAUUCAGGUGUAUUUCACAACAUCUUCCAGUCACUUCCUCUCUGUAGCGUGCUCCGUCUGUCGCCACCUGAUGCGCGCUUCUGAUUGGCUGAACCCUCUUUUCCCCACCCUCUUCUGAUGACCGCGACGGCCUCUGAUUGGCUGAGAGGCAGUUUCGUGCUGGUCAACGUGUGUCGGGGGCGUUUUCUCCUCUGCAGGCUGCUGGAUGGAUACAUCAGAGUAUCAUUACUUUCCCGUCUACACCUCCAUGCUUUUCACCGGAGACCAAUAAUGAGGCCAAGCAGUCAAACGCUCAAACACAGAUCGUCACAUGACACAGAGAGGGAGUUUGGAGGAACCCUGGGUGCCAUAUGCAUCCCCAUCUUCCUCCCGCUGACGGUGCUGUUCCUGAUCAGUGUGAGUCGAUCGCCGGAGGCCAGUGUGCUCCAGUGGCCCCCUCCCCUCCCCUCCACUGACCACUUAUGGGACCCUCUGGCUCUCGUGAUUCUGCUGGGCUGGAUCGCUCUGCACGCUCUCCUCUACGUGAUGCCAUUUGGAAAGGUGUCUGAAGGAUUAGUGCUGAGGGAUGGAACGCGUCUCAAGUAUCCCAUAAACGGUUUUCAUGGCCUGUGCAUCAGCGGUUUGCUGCUGCUGCUCUUGCUGGUGCUCGGGGCUCCUCUGGGGUAUCUGUUCGAGCUGCUGGUGCCUCUGGCAGUGUGUGCAAUCGCAGUGUCAUUCCUGCUCUCCGUUUACCUCUACGUCCGCUCCUUUUGGGUUCCUGCUCAUGCUCUCGCUUUGGGGGGCAACACAGGAAAUCCUCUGUAUGACUUCUUCAUCGGACGGGAGCUAAACCCCCGCGUCGGAAACUUUGACCUGAAAUAUUUCUGUGAGCUCAGACCGGGUCUGAUUGGCUGGGUGGUCAUAAACCUCGGCAUGCUGAUGAAGGAGGUGGAGCUUCGAGGUUCCCCCUCGCUCGCCAUGAUACUGGUCAACAGUUUCCAGCUGCUGUAUGUGGCCGACGCUCUGUGGAAUGAGGAAGCUGUUCUGACAACCAUGGACAUUGUUCAUGAUGGUUUUGGCUUCAUGCUGGUGUUCGGGGACCUGGCCUGGGUCCCCUUCACGUACGGCCUGCAGGCUGCCUUCCUCGUGGUUCACCCACAGACCCUCAGUUCACUGGGAGCAGCAGCUAUAAUAGCACUGAAUGGUAUUGGAUAUUAUAUUUUCAGAAAAUCAAACUCGCAGAAGAACCAGUUCAGACGAGACCCGACACAUCCCAGUGUUGCAAGACUGGAGACCAUCGCCACAGCAACGGGGAAGCGGCUGCUGGUGUCGGGCUGGUGGGGUCUCGUUCGUCAUCCAAAUUACCUCGGUGACCUCCUCAUGGCCCUGGCGUGGUCGCUGCCGUGUGGAUUCUCACAUCUCCUGCCUUACUUCUAUGUCAUUUAUUUCACCGUCUUGCUGAUUCACCGAGAGGACCGAGACGAGAGACAGUGUCGCGCCAAAUACGGGCUGGCGUGGGACACCUACUGCCGACGUGUCCCCUACAGGAUCUUCCCAUAUAUCUACUGAACAGGAAAGCAGACAGAUGGACCAAAACUGUCUCGCCACAUCCUCCAAACUUGGCAAUAACUCGAAAUUUAAAUCCAUUUUCAGUUAAACGGACCACGAAUAAUACGCGGUGCUGCUACUAGGAUUCUGCAGGGAGCUCACAGUUUUUAAUCAGCCUCGAUUCGUUAGGCUGCAGUCCAAUUACAAGAUGAUUUUCAAUGGAUCACUAUUUCUAAUUCAUUGCAUUUUGACUUUUAAAACCUUACAGGGGUCUGAUAGAGGAGCCACACGUCUCCAAAGCAUUCCAGCAUAAACGGCUAACAUCUGAAAACAGUGCUGGCCUUUUGUUUUUUCUUAUAAAAAUGACACAAGUUGUUGCAAAAGAAUAGAAGAAAAAAUAUUUCAACGAGAAAAUAUUCUAGAAACAUAACAAAUAAAAUGCAUUUCCAUAUAAACACCAGUGCCUUUUUUUAGAAUGAAAAGACUGGGUCACAGCAUUUUUAACAUGUUUUUUUUUUUAAGUUUUUACUACAACGUCUUCUUUUUUUUGUAAGUAUGUUGUUCUCUGUGAAAUACAAUUAAAAUAAAUAAAUACAAAACAGCACUUGAUCACGCAUCCUAGCUGCAUUUAUUAGACAGACAGCUAAUUGAAUCUCUUGGAGCACUGUAGGAUAC